CGACAAGCUACUUCUCAAAAUAUCAUAUCAUUGAUACAAUAUGUUAGGACUUUCUAGAUUAAUCUCAAAUUAAGCUCUCAUCAAUGGCUGAUCUCAAUGUCGAAGUUGAGGAAUCAAAACCCCAAGAUCAGGAACAGGAACAGGAACAAAGCCCUCUGCUUAUCGCAGAUCAAACCCACCAACACCAACAGCAAGAAAAUCAAGAACAUCGCGGUGAAGAUGAUCAUGACACCCAUUUGGAUAAAACCCUUCAACGCUUAGACUCAUUACUCACUCUGCUGGGCUUCAACCAAUCCUCUGUUUUCAGCUUUGGGCUUUCUUGUGUCGUGUUUCUGCUGAUUGGGGUGUCUCUUCCUGUCGUUGUACUUGUGUUAUCCGAUUGCUCGAAUUGUGAAGAGUAUCAAAUUAAAGCAUUUGAGAUAGAUGUUGUUGUUUCACAGGCUUUUUUGGCUGCUGCGUCUCUGCUUUGCCUUUCACACAAUCUGCGAAAGUAUGGUAUCAGGAAAUUUCUAUUUGUCGAUCGGUACAGUGGCCAUGUUGAGCGGUUUGCUAACGAAUACAAUCAGAAAAUUUGUGAUUCUGUCCGCUUACUUGUAUUGUGGAUAGUGCCUUGUUUCAUUAUGAAGACUGCACGCGAAAUCAUCCGCAUGCUCUAUGUACAGCAUGAGUCUUGGUGGCAUUCUGUUGCUAUUUUACUGGCUUUGGUUGUGUCAUGGACUUAUGUUACUGCAAUCUUUCUAUCAGCUUGCAUAUUGUUCCAUUUGGUUUGCAAUUUGCAAAUUAUCCACUUUGAUGACUACGGGAAGCUUUUGGAAAGAGAAUCUGACGUUUUGGUACUUAUUCAAGAGCAUGUUCGUCUGCGGUAUUAUCUCUCGAAAAUAAGCCACAGAUUCCGUAUUUAUCUUCUUCUGGAGUUCUUGAUUGUCACGACAAGCCUGUUUGUGAUUCUAUUUCAAACAACGGUAUAUGUAGGACCUAUUACUUACAUAAAUGGUGGUGAUUUUGUGACCAAUCCUGGGGGAAUAACGAUAUUCGGAUGGACGGUCGAUCGAGGUCUAAUAAAUACAAUCUUCUUCAUUGAACUCUCACUGGUUCUAUUUGUGUUCGGGAAAACUGUAGUUUUUGCUUCAGAAUGA